AUGGCGACCAACGGGGAAGCUGGAGCCCCAGGUCGAGCGUGUACGAUUGUCCUUCACGAUGAUCGCGUCACGAAGGUGGACGUGCUAUCUGGCGAUCGGGUACUGCACGUUGGAGAAUAUGCCUGGCUAUCCGCUCCAGCUGCCAGGAAACUCUGUAUCGCCCCUGCUGGACAGACCACCGGCGCGAAUGAGAUCUCGCUUCAUAUCAGCUUGGCCAAGCAGUUUGGAUUCGAGAACCGUACUCAGGGCAAGCUGGACAUCAUCGAGCCCGAGGAUCUGGAGCCGUCAACAGCAACACACGUAGAACUUUUCUUCCGCGAACAGUUCUUGUCUCGUGCUGAUAUGUGGCAACUGAUGGGCUGUGUACAGGAUACUGUUGUGUAUCAAGGCCAGAUCGUGAAUUAUCUGGGAACAGCAGUCGGCGAGAUCCAGCAAGUCUACAUCUCAGCUCAGGAAGUCGAAUCAGCCAUCUGCUCCCAUCCAUAUACGAAGCCGAUCUUUCGAAGUGGCAGCGCUAGGUACACUCUACUCAUUGAGGUAUCGCAAGAAAUGCUGGAGAACUGGUCCAACGGCGAUCUGAUGUACGAACGACUUCUGGACGGCUUUCUCCCCGAGCUUUUCCAGCGUUGGGACAGAUUGAAAGUUAAGCAUCAGGUCGCGGUGGUCUUGUUCGGCCGUAGACGAUCUGCCACCGCUGCUGGCAAACGGGACAGCCAACAGAGUGAGCUUCUAUCUGAAGACUUCUAUCAUGUUGUGGUCUCAGACAUGACGAGCACAACGUGGCAGCAGAUACUACGCAAGCUCAAAGCGGCAUUCAACGACUACCGACUCCCUCGAGCUGUGUCUCUCGCUGCCGAGAGCAACCUUCUUGAAGCGAUCCAUCUUACUGCCAUGGACUACGCUGAUGACCAAAUCGAUGCGCAUCUGCUAAGCACCGGUUGUUCUAUCAUUGCAAUCACUGCUGGUGCUGGUCUCUUCGACGCUGACCACAAAUUACUGAAGCAAACGACAGACUUGCUGGUCGGAAACAGCAUUGGCGUUGAUGUGGUCGCGUUGACGCCCAAGCCAAUGCACCCAGUGCCGCUCUUCCAGUACGACAAUGAAGGCAUCAAGGAAUUCGCCGUGCCCCACUGGGUUGACAUCUCCUUCUGGAGCUCACCUCACGACACACAGGAUACCUCAUGGACUUUGUCGGCCUACCUGGAGCCUGUGGCGGAAAUCGCCCUGCCUCCGCUGCUGGCCGAUCAUGAAGAGGGUAUUAGCACUGACGAGAUGGAUCAGCAUGACACUGAUGUCUUCUCUGACGCGACUCCCGCCAUUGCAAAUGCUUUGCAGCCAGUCGAUAGUCAAACUGAUUCUGAUCCGGUCGGCUCUGUCGAGACCAUGAAAGGUGUGCCCAUCGGCAGGUCGCCAACCAAGCAUAGCCGCGAGACAGUGUCGACCGCAUCGGCAGAUAGUAACCUGUCCAGCUCGCCAUCAAUGGCAAGCAAAGAGCCAAUUAACAGAGCCAAGCGACAGCGGUUGCCUCCGCAUCCACUCAUGCAGUCUGGUCGUAAGAUCAGUGUUGGACCUAAAGGUCUUGCCUUGAGUCGAGGCGUCGCUAGCACAGGACUGGCCUCCAUUUCGGCCACAUAUGCACAGCAGGAGAAGGAGAUAGCCGCAGGGACAGUCUCGACCUCCAGUGAGACAUCAAGUGGCCUCGCCAAGGCGAUUAGAGCGUCUCUCCGUCGGAAGCCAUCGCAGCAGAGCGUCAUCUCGAACCGCCUUAGUGACCCGAGUGACCCUGAAGAGAAUCCUAACUCGAGGCCAAUCGCAAUACAUGCAGUCCAGGAGACCACGAACGGCAGCCCAGAUAACCUGGCUAGUGACGUAGAGCAACGGAUUGCCGACACUAUGGUAGGCAAUGUGCUAGAGAAUGACACUUCACUCUCGACGACUCCCAAGGCGGGCAAUCACUUCCCACGAAAGGGUCCUGCCAACGGCAGUCUGGAGAUGAGGUCGCCCUGGGUGACGCUGCUCAAUCCGUGCAAUCCGAGAAGAGACAACAUGGUUGUCACAAGUCAAUAUCGCAAGUGGCAGCAUGUCUUUCCUCGCGCUAUUAGCUCUGGAGCUUUCAAGUGGCAGUCAAUGUGCACGCCGGCUGCUUUGCCGCUGACUGCAGAGUACAAGCCGUCCGCUUCUGAGCUCGACAUCCACUACAACAAGAAAGUCAGACGGCACACACUUGCCAACUCGAUCAGCUUGAAAGAUGAGACAGCUCGUAUAUUAGUCGAACGGAUGAUCGACGUGAGGCUGUGUCAGGGCUUCCAGAUCGUGGCCCUCAAGAAUACUGGCGGUGACUCCACGUUCCAGAGCAAGAACAGACCGGUACUUUUGUCAUUGGGCAGACGCUAUCAUGAAGUCCAGCGUCUGUCAGACUUUGAGGUGCAGGUUGUUCAAUAUGACCCGAAGAAAGGCAUCGGCAGCGAAGGUGAUGGCACGGAACACUACUUGACCAACUACGAUCCUAAGAUGAAGUUGCCGACGGGCAUGUCAGUCAAAGCUGAAGUCACUUAUCACUCGGAACUGCCUUUGCGCGAUUGGUCUGAUCUUGACAAUUACAUACUUGGCCUCACAUCUGAGCUCAAGGAAGAGAUCAAUGCGACGUUCCAGAUGCGCUUGAUACUCAUCCCGGUCGAGGUCACUAAGUCUGAUCGCGAUCUCACAGACCAGGAGCGACGUAUCGAAGGGAUCGGCCGCCUGACUCAGUCGUGGCAACGACAGCGCCACAUCUCUGUGGAGGCCCAGCAGCAUCUUGCCUCGAUGUCUAAGAACAAGUCUACUGCCAUUCCCUCAGAACGCGAUCCGAAUCCUCUUGCAAUCGACUAUCAGACGAAAGAUUCAAGCGUCAUAGUCAAUGCUCACGGUCCGACUUUGUCUAGCCAGCUGGAAGAGCAUGAGCUGUCGCAGCCAUUGUUCGCAGAGUCUGAAAAGCACCACAGCAGCAACUUCGAUGUUGCUAAGCUAGUCAAGCAGAUACAAGAUCCCCCUCCGAAUGGCGUUGAGAUGCGGGACCGGCGAUGGCUGACUGUCACACACUUAAGAUGUUUCCGUGGAGACCAGAUGACGACGUGGCUGCUCGGCGCCUUCAAAGACCUAAAGCUGCGCGAAGACGCGGUCACAAUGGGCAACGAGCUAAUGUCCCGUGGCAUAUUCCAUCACGUCCGACAGAAGCACAGAUUCAGAGAUGGACACUACUUCUAUCAAAUCUCAAGUGCCCAUCGCACAACCGAGUAUCCAGAUACGCAGGGUUUGUUCAGCAAGGUGGCAUGGAAGACUGCUCCCUCAGUCCCAGCUACACCUAUCUCUGAAUCUGUUAAGUCUCCGAUGAUGCGACCAUUCACUGGCGACAGCAGCUCCUCGUCUAGUAACGGCACACCGGCGACAGGUCCACUGCAUACGAAACAGAUCUUACUGAGUCAGAUGAUGCAGUACAAUGUUGAUCCGACUAAGAGGUCUGACCACCUGCAAGUCAUUGACCUCCACUACGAUCGUAUUCACAACCCCGAGAACUGCUACCACAUCCAGCUCGAGUGGCUCAGUGCUUCCACGAAACUUGUCCGUGAAGCAAUAGCUCGCUGGUCAAGCCUUGUCGAAGGCUACGGUCUUAAGCUAAUGCAAGUACCACUACACGAAGCUUGCAAAUAUCGCGAGCACCAUCCUUUCGACCAGCCACAACCUAUCAAGCUAGCAAUCAUGCCGCCGACCAAGAACAUUAUACAAACACCUGUGAUGGGCCCGUAUAGUCCUUUGCCUCAGUCAAUCGUGGAAGACCCGGUCGCCUACCACAAAGCCAUCCUGCGGAAGCUGAAUUUCGUGCUCGACACAGAGGCUGCCAGAUCUUUCACGACCGAACUUGACGUCCGAUACACCUGGGGUCCGCCCAGCUACGAAUACACCCAAUUCGUACACAAGUCUGGCCUCAUUCUCGCUGAGAUCACUUGUGCACCUUUCGGAGACGACAGCGUCAAUUUCCUGCUGCUACCAAAUCGUCUCGCGGCGAACACGAUCAGUGGUUCCGCCAAGUCAGUGGAGACGGGACCGGGGAAGAACGCUGAGCCUGUCAGCGGGACCACUGACACGGUAGAGACUAUCGUGAAGGAGUUCAAGCACUUCUGUCAUGAUGAAGAGGCCUUGAGACAGUUGUACGAUGAGGUCAAUAAGCGCAAGCCGCCUGUUGCGCCGAGUCCGUUCAGUGGUGCUGGUGGUGGAUUUGGCGCUGAUCUGGAUGUGCCGCCGAUGCAGUUGCCGCCGCAUCUCAGCCAUAGGGGUGGAGGGGGGCAUAGGAGUUUGUUGAGUGGGCUGGAAUGA